GAAAGAAAGAAAGAAAGAAAUAAGGUAACAUAUAGUUUCAAGUGAGUGAGAGGAUAGCAAGAAACUUGGGAGACAUUCUGUGGUGGUGAUUUGAUUAAAGAACAGAGAAAAGGAAGGUGAAAUAUUAUGGGGAGGCCUCCUUGCUGUGACAAAGAAGGGGUCAAGAAAGGACCUUGGACUCCUGAAGAAGACAUCAUUUUAGUCUCUUACAUUCAAGAACGUGGACCUGGAAAUUGGAGAGCCGUUCCUACCAAUACUGGGCUGCAUAGAUGCAGUAAAAGUUGCAGGCUUAGAUGGACUAAUUACCUCAGGCCAGGGAUCAAACGCGGUAACUUUACUGACCAAGAGGAGAAGAUGAUCAUCCACCUUCAAGCUCUAUUGGGCAAUAGAUGGGCUGCAAUAGCUUCAUACCUCCCACAGAGAACUGACAAUGACAUUAAAAACUAUUGGAACACACACUUGAGGAAGAAGCUGAGCAAGCUCCAAGCUGCAGGAGGAGGCACUGAAGGCCUUCACUCAAAAGAUCAAGGACUAAACAGCAAUUCUUCCUCACAGCCAAUAUCCAGAGGACAAUGGGAGAGGAGGCUUCAAACAGACAUCCACAUGGCCAGGCAAGCUCUCAGAGAUGCCCUUUCCCCAGAAAAGCCACUGACUUUGAGUUCAGAUUUGAAUCCCACAGAUGGGUUUUCGAUUUCGAGCCCGAAGAAACCAUCCCUAGAUCAAUCAAGCAGUUCCACUUAUGCUUCAAGCACUGAGAACAUUUCAAGAUUGUUGAAGGGUUGGAUGAAAAACCCACCAAAGAAAUCAGCUAGCUUCACCAACUUGGCUAAUAAUAAAACAGAUUAUCAGCAUUACUCAUCUAGUGAGGGAACCACAUCUGUGGCAAAUACUGCCAAUAGUGGCAAUGUUGAACUAUCUGAUACAUUUGAGUCUCUGUUCGGUUUUGAGUCCUCAAAUUCCUAUUUGUCUCCGUCUAUGUCACCGGAGGCCAGCUUAUUCCAAGGCGAAAGCAAGCCGGAUCUUAUCAGCGAUAAGUUGCCGCUGUCUUUUCUUGAGAAGUGGCUGUUUGAUGAAAGUGCUUCUCCUGCUGCUCUAGGGAAGGACCACUUCUUUAGUGAUAUGCUACCAGAUCAUGGAAAUGCUAACUUUUUCUGAGGAGUUUGCUUGUUUUUUCCGGAAAGAUUGUAAUAUCUUAAUUAAUUGUUAGUCUUUUGCUUACUCUAAUUUGGUUCUAGGUAUUAUUGGGACUGAUUAAUUUCACGGUGCCUUGAUUAGCAAGGGGAAAUUGUUAGAACCCCUCACUGCUAGAAAAGGAAGUGUAAAAAUUUUAUAUUAUUAUUAUGUCAAAUGUCUCAGAAGAUAAUAAUUAUAUUUCCCAUUUCAUGCUUAA